GUUGAUAGACGGUGUAGGUUGCGCAUUUGCCAAAUGAGCAAAUUGGGCAACAUAUAUGGAGAGCAUGAACUUCUUCCUCGAAUUUUCCUUGCUCCAUUCCACCGAGGACAGCAGCUGGUGAAAGUAUACAGAAUUUUACUCUCAGAUUCAGCCAUGCUUCUUGCCAGAGUUUUGACUGAAUGGGCGCUAUCUACCGCCAUGAUAUGCGGAUUUGUGAUUCACCGAAGGGAUCCGGAGGCGUGGGACGGUCGGAUGGAAGUCCGUCCUAGCACAUCAAAUCCUCCGUGUUGCGAACCUACCGAGCUUCCUAUGAGGCAUGAAUCGAACAAACGACGGGGCAGCCGUCUUCGCAGACCACACCAUGCGCAUCAUCCUCAUCGGCCAACCUAG